AUGGCGUUCAAUCCUAAUUUUGAGACCAUAGGCCAGGCGUUCGUUAAUCAUUAUUACGGCAAAUUCGAUGUGGCGGACGGAGCGACAAGGUCAGCGGGAAUGGCAGUUCUUUAUGACGCUCAGGACUCAUAUCUAACGUUCGAAGGUGCGCAGAUGAAAGGGAAAGACGCAAUUCUCCUAAAAUUCUCAGAACUGCCAUUCAAGAACAUUUUGCGGGAAGUCACAAAAGUUGACUCGCAGCCGCUGGCUGAUGGCAGUGUGCUGGUCACUGUGCUUGGUCGAAUCAGGGUGCGACACUCUUCUAUAUUGUGUUUAUGUUGUUAG